AUGGACAAUACAACAACAAAAAACACGAUAGAAAAUGUCACCAACACUAAUGCUGCAACCACAGCGACGGUUGCUAAUGAAGCUGUUGGCAGUAGCAAUAGCUGUAGCGGUGGUGCUGGUGGUGGUCGUAGCAACGGCAGCAGCAACAACAAUCAGAACAACAGCAAUCAUACCAGCAGCACUCACAAUGGCAGCGGCCACAGCAGCAACACACAGCAUAACAGCAGCUGCAGCAGACACAUAAAAACGAAUAUGAGCGGUGCCGGUGUGCCGACAUUGCCCGCAGCAGCGUUACCCUUAUCAGCAACAUCCGUAGGCAGCACACCGCCGAGCAGCGCUGAAGCGACAAAUACCAACAAUUUCGCUUACUACACGGGUGUCACUGAAACGGUGGCAGCAACGGCUGGCCCAGCAACAACACAGCGACAUGCUGUAGCAGCGACGCCACCACCACCACUCCCACCACAAACGUUGCCACCAUCAUCUGCUGCGUCUUCAUCAGCAUCAGCGCAUUAUCCAACACACCAGCAGCACUAUGCCACGGGCAACACAGUGGCGCCACUGUCGGAUGCCUUUCACCACCAGCAGAUGCAGCUACAGCUACAACAACAAUACGAGCAACACUAUCAACUGCAAACAGCUUACUAUCACCAGCAGCAGCAGCAGCAGCCGCCGCCGUCGCAGCCGCCGCAAGAAGACCAAUCCACAUCGUAUGUGGCGCCACAACAACCAGCCCCACAAUACCAACAUGUGGCGGCAACAACAACAGCGCAUGCACAUGCAACGCGCAGCAAUAGGCAAGCUACGCCGUCGACAGUCACACACCACGCAACGAACACAUCACAAGCCACGAUAACUCACCAGCAGCAGCAGCAACAGCAAACUGCAGCAAUGGCACACGCGCUGACACACACCACACAGCAACAACAACAGCAACAGCAGCAGCAAAUAUACCCAACAGCGAUGCUGGCCAUUGCCACAGCACCGCCGCCACCAACAACAUACGGCGUCAGCGGUGCCAGUGCUGCUUCCGCUCCUUUAGCCAACAUAAGCACUGUAAAUGCAACACAAAACGUAAAUGUCAUUUCGGCCGCGCCGAUUGUGGUGGAAUUCAGCAAUUUCCAACUAAAUUGUAUGCGCACAACGGCAACAACGACCACAAAUGGAGGCGCUUCAGCAGCAGCAGCGGCGGCGGCGGCAGCAGCAAUAGUCGCAACAACGCCGGCGAACAAUGACGCGAACCGCGGCUUGGUGGGCGGGCAAGCGAACACACAACAUCAUCAUCAUCGCCAUCACCAUCACUAUCAUAAUGCUGCGGCGAGCAAUAUGCAUGCGCAUACACACCAACAAGCGCUGUUGCAACAGACGCAAUCACAACAACAACAGCAACAACAUCAGCACCAACACCAACAUCCGCUGCAAGCAGAUGCAGCGCUGGCCGAUAGACAACAGCUGCAGCAUCAGCAAUAUGCCCAACACCCGCCGCAGCCGCUCCAGCAACAUGCCACACAUUACGGUUAUCACCAGCCUCAUCACCAUCACCAUCAUCAGAAUGUGCGGCACUAUCAUCAUGCGCCGCCGCCGCCACCAGCGCCGUUGUAA